AUGAAAUACCUAAUCCAUUUUUCUCAGCAGCAUGAGUCGUUCUGGCUGCCCGAGCUGGACACCUUGUUGGAGCUGAACGGGGUGGAGCCGGCGGCCGCGUACGAUCAUGAUGCGGCCUGGGCCAUCGUAUCCCGGGGACACAAGACAAGCCCCUUCCUCGUGGUGGAGGUGCCGUCCGAGGAGGUCAUCGUCGCUGUGGCGGCAAGAGCAAUACUCAUUCGCAAGGUGUUGGAGCUGUGGGGCGAGGGGGAUACGCCGGAGGAGGCGGCCGAAGCCGUGAAAAAUUUCCCGGAAGAAAUCAAGCGGCCCUUCUUCGCCGAGGACGUCACCUGGUCCGUUACGGUGGGGUCCGCCGGCUACUCCGUCAAGCUGCAGGAGCAGGAGCGGUUGAGGAUGGUGUUCUCCUUCCUGCCGUUCAAGGGGCGCGUGAGGCUGCGGAAUCCGCAGCACCUCUUUCAGGUGUUUGGCGACUACGAGUCGGAGGACGAGUACCGAGAGGGACGGCUGCCCGAGCACGUGUACUUCGGAAGGGAGGUCGCCCAGGGCAACCGCGACCUGGUGGCCGCGUUCGACCUGAAGAAGAGGCCCUACCUGGGACCGACCUCCAUGGACAACGAGCUGGCGCUGGUGAUGGCCAACAUGGCCCUCGUCGGGAAGGGAAAGCUUUGCUUCGACCCCUUCGUGGGUACCGGCUCGAUAUUGGUGGCUUGCGCACACUUUGGGGGGGUCUGCGUGGGAACGGACAUCGACGUUCGCGUCCUGAAGGGAAAGAAAGGGAGGAGCGUCUUCACCAACUUCGACAAGUAUGGGCUGCCACGUCCGGAGCUUGUCCGGUCGGACAACGCGCUCUACGGAAGACACUUUCGCGUCAUGGAGCUCUACGACUGCAUCGUCACGGACCCACCGUACGGGAUCAGGGCUGGUGCGCGCAAGUCUGGGCGGGAGGGGGAGGCUCGCACCGUCAAGCCGGAGGAGAGGUUCGACCACAUGCCGCACACGCAGCACUACCCCGUGGAAGAUGUCUUGGUCGAUCUCCUAGAGGUGGCGGCCCAGACCCUCGUGCUCGGCGGGCGGCUGUGCUACCUCUUGGCGUCGACGUGGGAGUUCGACCUGCAGAGGGACCUGCCUCGGCACCCCUGCCUGGAGCUGUCCCACCACAGCAUGCAGGGCUUGACGCAGCUACUCUGCCGGCGUCUGAUCACGAUGACCAAGACGUGCCGGUACGACCCCCUCCGACGAGAAGAGUACAUCGCGGCGUGCCGCCUACACCAGACGAGCGGCGGGCGAGGGAGCGCUUUCGCGGCGGCGGCGGCGGCGGCGGCGGCGGCGGCGGAGGAAGAUGGCGGCUCCCGGCAGCGGGAGAGAACCAAGCAGAUGACGAGGCGCGGGGAGCUCACCUCGGGCAACGUCUGGGCGGGAGCGCCCGCUGCACUCGUCGUCGCGCGGUUCGCCAUCAUCCCAAGGGUCUCUACCGUGCCGCGACAAACAGCAGGAGCAGAAGAGGAUUCCGAUUUCGGUGGCGAGGCCAACGGGGAUGGCGACAUCGCCAACAGCGGGGGUGCUUCUUCCGCUGCUGUUCCCGGCGGGGCGGGAGCGGGGCUGCACAAGGCUAGCGUGGUCGGAGACCUUGCCGCAAUCUCUCGGUUCAUCAAGGACGGGGGCAACCUCGAGGCUCAGAGCUUUUGCGGUCGGACGGCGCUACACUACGCCGCCUUCUACGGCCACGCGGACGUAGCGCGCGCUCUCAUCCUCGGCGGGGCCAACGUCUGCUCGAGGGGGGGAGGAAACUCCACCCCGCUCCACUUCGCGGCUUGGGGGGGCAACAAGCCCGUCGUCCGCCUACUGCUGGACUACGGCGCGGACGUCGAGGCACGCGAUACGGAGGGCAACGCUGCCCAGGCGUACUCGGAGGACGAGGAGCUUUACGAGAUGCUGGCACGGGCGCGCCGCCGGCUGUUCCCGAUGCCGACGGCCGUCCUCGCGGACGCCGUGGAGAGGCGCCCGGUCGCCGCCCUCGGCGUCUACGCCGCCGUGCUGGCGGCGGCCCUCGUCGCCGCGGGCACCCUCGCCGUGUCCCUGGCCACCGCCGCCGGCACCGGCGUCGGCGGC